AUGAGAGCUCCACGCUCGCUACCUCCUGCGCUCACAACCAGAUCAUGUAAGUGGUGUGGGAGUGGUGGCAGUGGUGGUGGGAGUGGUGGUGGAAGUGGUGGUGGGAGCGGUGGUGGGGGGAGUUGGGGUCAUCAGCAAGUGCCACCCGCUCCCAGCCUGUGCUUUGUCCCCAGCCAAUCACGUCCAUUGAGUGGAGCCCGCAUGAGAGCUCCACGCUCGCUUCCUCCUGUGCCGACAACUGGAUCACAUCACGUGAGUGGUGGUGGGAGGGUGCAGUGGGGAAGGAGCGCGUUCAUAGCGCACUUCAACCACCACCGCCAGCCCAUCAUGUCCAUCGAGUGGAGCGCGCAUGAGAGCUCCACUCUUGCUACCUCCUGCGUGGAUAACCAGAUCACGUGA